AUGGUUUCUGCCGCUAGAUUGAUCACCGUCACCAACGGCGAUGACACCUAUGUCGAGACUAUCAAGGACGCCGAGGACAUGUCCACCCCAGAAGGAGGUUACAUCACCUACAAGCUCAUUACCGGUACCAAGGGGACUCACACCUAUGAGAAGACCAUCUGGUCCACUGGUUACUACUCCACUGCCUCCGCUGAGGCUGCCUCCACGGGUGAGGCUUCCUCCCCCGCUGCUGCCGCUCAGGACUCCUCAGCCGCUCAGACCUCCUCUGCUGCUGUGUCUUCUGGGGAUAAAUCCUCAUACUCUGCCGCUGCUGAGACUUCUUCCGCUGAAGUCUCCUCAUACGAGGGUGCUGCUGGUAACCUUGGUGUUGCUGCUGGUGUUGCUGGCUUCGCUGGUGUUGCUGCUAUGUUCAUCUAA